CUGCAACAAAGCCUUUCAGCAUGGCUGAACAUGACAUUCCAAAUCCAUCGAUGACUGCCACUUAAAACAUGAAUAUUUGUCAUUUCUAUUAAGCUACUCUGGACUAAAUAUGACCAACUGUGGCAGUGUUUCUCUUACUAAAUAUGGCAUUCUGCCAAGGAACCCUUGCCAAGGCCACAUGAUCAGUGGCGCGCUGGAAAGAGACGCUGCAUCUAUAAAUUAACUGGAAGAGCAGUUUAUGCAGCAGGAAAAGCUUUAAUAUUCUGCAUUCGGAGGAGGGAAAAAAGGCAGAGGGUUGAAGCUGUAGUAAUUGAGGAACAGAUGUGCCAUGAACUUAAUACAUCCAACAGAUAACAAUGGUUCCUUCUGAGAACACAAGUCUUUUCUCUGCAGAUCGCUGUCCCAACUGCAGCUCCUCUGCUCACCCAGAAGUGGAUGUAGCCAAGGCUGUGAUUUUGGGGAUGGUGCUGGUGGUGUUUGUAGUGUUCGGGGUUCUUGGCAACGUCCUGGUCAUCCUGUCAGUGUUGUUCCAUCACCACUGGCGCUCUGUGACACACUACUUCAUCGCCAACCUGGCAGCAGCCGACCUGCUGCUCAGCUCCGCCGUCCUGCCCUUCUCCGCCACCUCGGAGGCUCUGGGCAGAUGGGUGUUUGGUCGGUCCUUCUGCAAUGUCUGGGCCGCCCUGGAUGUCCUCUGCUGCACCGCCUCCAUCCUCAGCCUGUGUGUGAUCUCUGUCGACCGCUACCUGGCUGUCAGCUACCCUCUGCGCUACCCUGCCAUUGCUACGGGGCGACGAGGCCUGACCGCAGUGGCUGCUCUUUGGGGGCUCUCGGCGGCUAUAUCUGUGGGCCCACUGUUUGGCUGGAAGGAGCCCGACCCAGAAGAUGAGACAGUGUGCAGAAUAACUGAGGAGCCCGGCUAUGCUGUGUUCUCAGCACUAGGAUCUUUCUAUAUACCUCUGGCCGUCAUCCUGGCCAUGUACUGCCGUGUGUAUACUGUGGCAAAGAGAGAGACAAGGGGCAGUAAGGGAGAUGGGGUUGAAACAGAGGGGGUGAUGCUGAGGAUACACAGAGGGAAUGCUGCUCAGACAGGGAAGCAGGAGGAUGAGGAGGGGACCGUGAGGCAUAAACGCACCACUUUUUCCCUGCCGAGGCUGCUGAAGUUCUCAAGAGAAGAAAAGGCAGCCAAGACUCUUGGCAUUGUUGUCGGGUGCUUCAUUCUGUGCUGGCUCCCUUUUUUCCUGGUUUUACCCAUCGGGUCCAUCUUCCCAUCCUGUAAGCCUUCUGAAACCAUCUUUAAGAUAACCUUCUGGCUGGGUUAUCUCAACAGCUGCAUUAACCCCAUUAUCUACCCAUGCUUCAGCCAGGAGUUCAAGAAAGCCUUCCACAAUGUGCUCCGUGGUCGCUGCCUGAGAACUGGGGCUCCGGCUAAAUCACAAGGACACAUCACCCCUCAUUCUUCCAGUCCAGGCCCCACGUCUACUACGUCUGAUCUCUCAUCCCAAGACUGUGUCACUGCUUCGUCGUGGUGCUGCUGCAGGGCUCUGUCAGCGUCCUCGUCAUCUUCCGGUUGUCCAGAUCAGGCUCAAAGUGCACAAAUCCAGAGUAAGGGUCUGCUAAAAGCAUGGUGUUUCUCAGCAAGUCAAACGCCGGUGCCACAGAACCCCUCCAGUCACGGAUCACCUAAAGUUUUAUGUCUUUCUCUUGGGGUUACAGGAGAGGCUGUUUGAUUGGCAUGUUGAGGCAAUGUAGGAAUGUUUCAGUUUUGCCUCUGGGGAAAACGUAUGUACAACUUUUACAUGUAUAUUUAAACUCCUCAGAGGCAUCAGAAGCCAAACGAUGACUUGCCUCCAGAGUAGGAAGAAGGUGACUUUAUUGCCUAAAGGCUUUAUGCCGGUGUAAAUGUCCGGAGUGUUAAAUAAAAUAUGAUUUGGGAAAGUGAAUGAAUAACAUUUUGUCUGCACUCAGCAGCCAGUACUGACUGAGCACAGAGCACUACAUGUCAAAACGGUCCAGAGGAGCUGCUCAGUGGCCAGAAAAUAGAAGACUCAGAAGUAUGAAUGCACAACAAGAAAAAUACAAACUUCUUUGUUUAAAAAAUGCUUUUUGUAUGGACACUGGGUUAGUAGAGAUAACCAUCAGUCCUUGGCAAGGAAUAAAAGAGAUAAUAUGAUCUUAUUGAAAUGACGUGAAAAGAACUCCCGAGACAUAAUUUCUUUAAACAUUAGUGCUAUUUCUGCAGAUUGCACAGAAGCCCUUAAGGAAAAGCUGGUAAACUAAAUUAGCAUUCACCAGCAGCUCUGAGAAGGAGGACGCUGCUGUAAGAGUGUGUGUAUUACGUGUGGGACCUCUGUUUUAAAGGGACUUGACACUCACAGGCUUUGAUUUAGAAAAAUCUGUCACAGAGACAAAAGAAAGUUAGUUGGGGAAGGAGAAAUACCAGUUGACAUUUGGGUGUGACAUAAAAACAACACUAAAGUCACAAACAAAAGCGUUUGAUUCUACCCCUGUGAAGCUUUUCAUGUUCAGUUUUUGGUUUUGCUGAAGCUGUAUCAAAUGUGUUGAAUCAACUUUUAGUAUUUGACAUCAAAGCUUGCGGUGUUAAAUAAAACAAGAGGUGUCCGAUGUUUUUCUCUCGGCCUUGGUGAAGGACUAUUUGUUGUUACUGGUUUUCUGCUAGGUCUGCAGAGCUGUUUUCCCAAUGCAUUCACUGUUGUUUGAAGCUGAUGCAUGUGCACUUUAAGCAGGGCCUGUCCGAUGUCUUUGUUCUUCUGUAACUUGCCUCUGUAUGUUGUCUCUAAACCAUCAAUAAGCUAGUCGUUUGUCUUCCUGCCGUUAAUGGGGCUUCUUUUAGUAUCCAAGGCUGGGAAUUAAUUUCUACUUGUUCAUGAUGGGAGGACGUUACGGUGGGGCUGUUGGUAUUCAGUUCACAGAAUCCCAGUAUGACCACAUUUGUGAUGUACAGAGGUGGACAAAAUAAAAUAAAAACUGUGACAUCAUGAAAAGGAAAUAAACUUUGAAUAAACUAAAUCACUACUGCAUGGAAGCUACAAAAAUAUAUUACUGUAAGCUAACAAAAGGGUAAGAUUAUCAUAACAUAUGCCAACACACAAGUAUGUCCUCCAUCAACAUUGGAGACUCUCAAGAAAUUCAAAUCUCUCUGACCAGACACAACAAAAAUUGAAGGCUUUAAAAAGUUUUUCUUGCAGGGUGAAUGUAUUGAAUUGCAUUAUAUUUUAUGAAUGAAAUGAAAUGAAAACAAAGCCCACCAUAUCACACAAAUCAGUGUAAUGCAUGAGUGCUUUAUUAAAAAACAUGUAAUGAACAUUGCUUAAAACCUUUUUAGAAAAAAACAUGUUUUGGGUGUCUUAUCUGUUUGAAGAAGCUGUCACACGUUUCGUCUUAGCUAUAAAUCCUUCACUUCCUCCUGUUGCAAACGGAGUUGUUUUUCCUUUGGAUUAAAAGAAUUUUCCAACCCUACAGCCAUCAUAACUGUGAUGAAUACCUGGGAAUGCUUAUCUGAGAAAUGCAGGAUGUUGAAAGAAUUUCUAGAAGACAAGUAAUUUGUCAUUUUACAGUUACUUAAGGUUAGGGAAUAAUAAUAAGAGUUUCCUUGAACCUGUAUUGCUGCAUGGGAUUUUUUUACUUAAACAGCGGUAUUAUGGGACCGUUCAGGAGGAUAAUGUCUCUUGUUAACACUGUAAGCUCCAACACUCAACAUCAUUGUAGCCGUUAAACUGUCUUGGAUAACUAAUAAACAUGCAGCUCUCGUUUUCUGAGAUUAUGCAGCCAAGAACUCAAUGUUACAGUGCAUUAGGCAACAAGUAGCAGGAGACGUGUUGAUUUUUCAUUAAGGAGGAAUGACUGAAAGUAAAUGUAUAUAUAUUUACACAAUGACACACACAAUGACAUUUCAUGCUUAGACGUAUAUAUCUCUGAAAGUCUGAAUGUCAGAUCAACAUACACAAGCCAUCCUGUUUUGCUAAAACUCACAGCUUUA